AUGACGCCACGCAGUCCCUCCGCGUGCCGUUCCCGCGCGACAGCGGGGCGCUUUUUGCCGCUGGGCGCGAGGGCGGCUGCGCCAGAAGGGAGCAGCCGGGAAAGGGAAGGGAAGCGGGCGGUCGUGGCGGGCGGACAUUCUCUACUUGUUGAAAAAUUCCUUAACUUCCUCCUCUUUACAUGGUUCUUAGACAUAAUCACUCCUGAAUUCUUGGGUGGCAAGAUCAAUAUAGACCAGACUUUGCAACUGCUCAAUAAGUUUCAUGUCUCCUAUGACUACGUUCAUGUGAAAAAACUGUUUAAGAAAAAUGACAGAUCGAAGGCUGGAGUCAUUACCAUGGAAGAUUUCAGGGCAAUUUAUCGCUCUAUCAUGCACAGGCCUGAAUUUCAUGAACUCUUUUGCAGCUACUCGCCUAACAAAAAAAUCCUAACAGCAGAGAAAUUGGCUGAAUUUCUAAGAAAGGAGCAGUUCGAAGUUGGAAGUGAAGCAAGAGCUGUUACGCUAAUUAAGACUUACGAACCCGUAGUAGAAGCCAAGAACAGAAAAGAGAUGACCUUCGAAGGCUUCAUCCGAUACCUGCUCUCAGAAGAAUGCAGCGUUUUUAAAGUCCUGCACAAAAAGGUUUACCAAGAUAUGUCCUUCCCAAUGUGCGAUUACUUCAUUUCAUCUUCGCACAACACCUACCUGAUAUCUGACCAGCUUGUAGGACCGAGUCAUCUCUGGGGCUAUUCCAGUUCCCUCAAUAAGGGAUGUCGCUGCCUGGAAAUUGAUUGCUGGGAUGGGCAAGACAACGAGCCGGUGGUUUAUCAUGGACAUACUUUAACCAGCAAAAUUACCUUCAAGAGUGUCAUCAAUGUGAUCCAUAAGCAUGCUUUUGUGGCAUCAGACUAUCCGAUUGUUUUAUCUUUGGAGAAUCACUGCAGCCCUCCACAACAGGAAGUCAUGGCAGCUUACAUGCUAGAUAUUCUGGGGGACCAACUGGUUACUUCAACAAUUAAUAACGAGAUGCCAUCUGAGCUCCCCUCUCCAGAGGAAAUGAAGUUCAAAAUCAUGAUAAAAAACAAGAAAGUUGGAUCUCUGGAAGAAACCCUUCAACGGAAGGGUAGGGUGGCUAAAGGUGACAUGAUGGAAGCCGAAGCUACUUCAGAAUCAGAGGAGGAAGAAGACGCAUCUUUGAUCAAGAAAAGUGUUCAGAAGCAGCCAGCAAAAAAGAAGCAAAAGCAUGCAAAGGUUCACGUGGCGAUGCUGUUGUCCGAACUUGUGAUUUACACCAGAUCCCGGAAGUUUGUCGACUUUGAAGAUUCGAGAAAGAAGCAGAAAUUUUACGAAAACAAUUCCAUAGGAGAAGUGAAAGGGCAAAAGCUCAUCAGCAAGAUGGCCAAAAGUUUUGUGUUGCACACCGUCCGGUUCAUCACCAGGAUCUACCCCAAAGGAACACGGGCAGAUUCUUCGAACUACGACCCCCAAGAAUUCUGGAAUGUCGGUUGUCAAAUGGUGGCCCUAAAUUUCCAGACACCAGGAGUACAGAUGGACCUACUAAAUGGGAAAUUUAUGGACAAUGGCGGUUCUGGCUACCUUUUAAAACCAGAGUACUUGAGAAAGAAAAAUACCCAGUACAACCCAUUUGAUGUAGUUGGGAAAUACAACCCAGUGACGCUUACAAUAAAGAUAAUUAGCGGUCAUCAGCUACCUCCUAGUAACCUUUCCAAGAGUAAUAAGGCUGAUCCUUUAGUCAAACUAGAAAUCCAUGGUGUUCCUGAAGAUAUGGCAAAGCACCAGACUUCUGUGAUAAAGAACAAUGCUUUUAAUCCUAGAUGGGACGAAUCGUUCACCUUCAACAUCCAAGUUCCGGACCUUGCCUUAAUACGCUUUAUUGUAGAAGAUCGGAUGUGUGUACUUGCCAAUGAUUUCCUUGGCCAAUAUACUCUGUCAUUUACAAGUAUGAAUAAAGGUUACCGCUACAUCCCACUAGUUUCCAAACUUGGCGUUGCCCUCAGUCCAGCCUCUCUGUUUGUGUACAUCUGGUACCAUCAGCAAUAACAUCCUCGCUGCUCCCCGACACCCAGCUGCGCUUCAAUAAAGCAACCGUGGUCAA